AUAAAAUUAUCACAACAGUUUUUCUUCGUAUGAUGAAUGACGUCUUUUAUAAAUAUUUAAACAAAUUAAUGAUAAAUUAAAUUUUUAUCAUUUUUUUAACAUAAGAAUUUAAAAAAUAAAUAGAUAUCUUCUGUAAAGUGGCGAGCACUGCCACCAUCAAGAAUUACGUUUACUAUACUCACUCACUCACUCUUCACUCCAAAUGACACUCAAAACUGUCAACUUCAUGAAUUUUGCGCGCACCGUUUGUCAUCAUUAAUUAAAAUAUAAAAAAUAAAGAAAAACUGAUACAAAAUAAAAGUAAAUAUUAAUAUUAAAAUGCCAAACAUUUGAUUACUUGGCUAAAUAACGAAUGAAAAAAAAAUAAUAAAAAUAAAACUAAAUAUUUUUGCAGAAAAAUAUUUUUGUUUUAGCCAGAUUUUUGUUUAAUAAUACUAGUGUUAAUUGUGUAUAAAUGUUGUGACUCGGUCAACGAAAACGUUUAGUAUGAAAUUAUCAAAGAGUUGGGAUGAGUUAAUUUUAAGUGCGUCGCGAUUGAGUUUAAAUAAUUUACGCACACCCGGCAAAAAGAAAAAUAAAAAUAACCUCAAUCGUUUUGGAGAUUCUAUGGGUUCGUUGGGACAUCGAGCACUUCUACAAUAUGUGGAUACAAACGAUUUAUCGGGGCUGCGAGCUAUCUUAGAUAGUCGUCAUUUAUCUGUUGAUGAUCGUGAUGAAAAUGGCACCACGGUACUCAUGGUUGUGGCAGCUCGUGGUCUAACGCCCUUUGUGCGUGAAUUUUUGGCACGUGGCGCUGACAUUCAUGCUGAGGAUAAUGACAAUUGGACAGCUCUGUUGUGUGCAUCCAAAACGGGACAAUUCGAUAUAGUGCAAUUGUUAUUGGAUCAUGGUGCUGAUAUUGAGCAUAGGGAUAUGGGCGGUUGGACUGCCUUAAUGUGGGCUGCUUAUCGUGGUCAUACAGAAUUGGUGCGCUUUCUCUUGGACAAAGGAGCCGAUGUUAAUGUCCAUGGCAAUUAUCAUUUGGGUCCUCUGCUAUGGGCUGCUGGUCGCGGUUUUAAGGAAAUUGUUGAAAUGUUAGUAACUCGUGGAGCUAAAGUGAAUGUGGGUGAUAAAUAUGGUACGACCGCCUUGGUGUGGGCUUGCCGCAAGGGUAAUGCAGAUAUAGUUGAUACACUAUUGAAGGCUGGAGCCAAUGUGGAUACAGCUGGCAUGUAUUCAUGGACUCCUUUGUUGGUGGCCGUUUCGGGAGGUCACACUGAUUGUGUUGUAUCUCUGCUGGAAAAGAAACCCAAUGUCAAUGCUCUCGACAAAGAUGGCAUGACUGCCCUGUCGAUUGCCUCACGCGAAGGUUACCAAGAAAUCGCUGCAGCUUUGAUUGCGGCUGGUGCUUAUAUAAAUAUACAAGAUCGUGCAGGUGAUACGCCGCUUAUACAUGCUGUCAAGGGCGGUCAUCGUAGUGUGGUGGAGGCUUUGUUGAAAAAACAUGCGGAUGUUGAUAUACAGGGCAAAGAUCGUAAGACGGCCGUUUAUACGGCCGUGGAAAAGGGUCACAAUCAAAUAGUUAAAAUUUUACUGCAAACUAAUCCCGAUCUCGAAGCGGCUACCAAAGAUGGCGACACAGCUUUACUAAAGGCAGUGCGCAAUCGCAACUUGGAUAUAGUACAAAUGUUGUUAGAUCGUAAGGCUAAGGUUGGUGCUAGUGAUAAGAAAGGUGAUACUUGCCUGCACAUUGCCAUGCGUGCUCGAUCGAAGGCAAUUGUGGAAGCUUUAUUAAGAAAUCCGAAAAACAGUCAAUUAUUAUAUAGACCCAAUAAGUCGGGUGAGACGCCCUAUGUUAUAGAUACCUCCCAUCAAAAGACAAUUUUAGGCCAAGUAUUUGGUUCGAGACGUUUAAAUACAAAUGAAGAUUCUGAAGGUAUGCUGGGCUAUGAAUUGUAUUCCUCUGCCUUGGCUGAUGUCUUGAGUGAUCCCACGUUAACCACACCCAUAACGGUGGGCUUGUAUGCCAAAUGGGGCAGCGGCAAAUCGUUCCUGCUUAACAAACUUAAAGAUGAAAUGACAAAUUUUGCACGGCAAUGGGCUGAACCUCCGCUGAAAACUGGUGGCCUAUUGUUUUUGGUAUGCUUUCAUUUAGCUUUAAUUCUGGGCACCAUUGUGGGCUUGGCCACUUGGUCGGCUCUGUGGGGUGGCGUGGCUGGUGUUAGUUUCUUGGUGUUUGCAUACCUGCUAUUAGCUAUAAUACGUUAUUGUAAUUAUCAAAUGGACAUGUACUGGGCUUAUUCCAUUGAUCACGGCAUUUUGAAGCGCAUUGGACGCCUACGACUGAUACUCCAAGUGGCUUUUUGUCAUCCACCUGGUGCACAGGCUGAUACAACAGCAAAACCUGUUCGUUUUCAUUUUGCCGAAGCCAGUAGCGCUUCGCCGACGGGAGAAGGGGCUGUAGCUCAUAUGUUGGCUGCGCUAUUUGAAGCCAUCGAAACGCACUAUGGCUGGUUAUCGACUAGACUCUAUAGAGCAUUUCGUCCUAAACCUUUAAAAGUUACGGCUGGUUGGCGUUGGCGUCGCAUGUGUUGUGUUCCUAUAGUGGUAAUCUUUGAAGUUGGUUUAUUGGCGCUAAUUGCUGGUCUUUCGCUGGUGGUGGCCUAUUUUGCUCAUGGCACCAAUGUGGAACGUGAUAAUGUCCUGGUGCCAAUUUAUGUUAUAUGUGCUGUAUUUAUUUGCAUAAUCUGUACAAAUCUUCAUGUGCUGGCCAAAGCGGUUAGUUCGUUAUUUGUGUCACAAGGUCGUCAUCUGAAGCGUACGGUGCGUUCUAAUGAGGGUGCUCCAUUGACGGCAUUGGGAGCUGAGGUGGCGUUAAUGACCGAUAUGGUGAAGUGUCUUGAUGCUUUUACCAGUCAACAGAGCCGUUUGGUAGGCGUAGUUGAUGCUUUGGACUCCUGUGAUACUGAAAGAAUUCUGUCCGUUUUAAAUGCUAUACAGACAUUGCUCUCCUCGCCAAAUCGGCCAUUUGUUGUACUUAUAGCCGUCGAUCCCCACGUUAUUGCUAAAGCUGCCGAGGCCAAUAGUCGCCGUCUCUUUACCGAAGGUGGUAUUGGUGGUCAUGAUUUCCUUAGAAAUUUAAUACAUUUACCGGUGUACUUGCAAAAUUCUGGUUUACGUAAGGUCCAAAGAGCCCAAAUGACUGCCUUACUAUUCAAACGUAACUACGGCGAUUUACAAGGCGAUGAUGCUCCCACCUUGGGUCAUUCGAUAUCGGCAAGGCGUUUAUCCAAUGCCUCCGAAAUAAUGUCGAGUCAAGAAAAAUUAAGAGGACCCAUGGCAGCUGGUGGUGGUCGUGGAGCAGGCCCUGGUAAAAAGUUACGAUUGUCGGAGUCGGUGGCCAGUUCAAUAGGUUCGAAUCUACAUCGUUUAGGUCAAAAUCCACAAGGUGUUUUAGACAUGUCAAAGAUAAUGUUGACAGACGAUUACUUUAGCGAUGUCAAUCCGCGUAGUAUGAGACGUCUGAUGAAUGUUAUUUAUAUUACGGUGCGUUUAUUAAAAGCAUUCCAAAUUGAUUUUAGUUGGUAUCGUUUAAGUUCUUGGAUUAAUUUAACCGAACAAUGGCCUUUGAGAGCCAGUAUGAUUGUGUUGUAUCACGAUCAAUUUAUGGAUCAGUUUGAUGAUAGUCUUUCGCUACAAGCUGUAUAUGAAAAGGUACGACCUAAAUUAGCCUGUUUACGUGAAGCUGCUAACCUGUUAGAAUUAGAUCGUGAUGAACGAAAAUUAGAUGCCUUUUUGCAAUUGCAUAAGUCUGAUCUCCUAGUAGCAGAUUUACGUAUAUUUCUUCCAUUCACCAUUAAUUUAGAUCCAUAUUUACGAAAAGUAUUAAAAGAGGAUCAACAAUCGAUUGAAGAUGAAGGUUCAGUGGUUUUACAAAAUCGCCCCAGUGUUCAGCCAUCAAUGCGUUUGCCACCAACACCCACAACAUAUGUGCCUUCUCCUCUGGGUCCUUACCCACCCUACCAUCUUUUGCAAAAUGAAUAUGCUAUGCAGGAAUUGAGACAACGUAAUUUGAGCUCUAGCACUGAACCGCCCAUGACUCCUUUGCUAAGUUCGCCUGCAGAUUCAUUUGGGGAUGAUAUUUUACAAACGAAACUUUCUGAUCUUACUGUGGAGGGUAUUAUAAGUUUACUUGAGCGUGUUGAAGAUUUAAAGCCAACAUUAACAAAAUUAGCACCCACUCUAAGGGAAAAUGCAGUAAAUGGACGUGUUCUAAAGUAUUGUGAACUGAAUGAUUUAAAACAGGUUCUCAACUUAAGUUUUGGUCAUUGGGAACUCUUCCGUUUACUCAUUACUACUAUGCGAGAUUAUGAAAAAGUCCCUCGUAAAUUUAAACCCACACCAGCUAUAGCCGAUGUUCCAGCUAAUCAGGUGACGCCCACAACGAAAGAUCAAGUUGAUUCACAUAAUUUGGCGCCAAAUCCACCGCACUCCAGAAAAAAUUCUACCACAUCCCAUAUGGAAAAACAGGUAACAUUGGAAGAGCAAAUGAUAUGUGGUGCUUUACAGACAUUAAAUGAGGAUGCCUUUGAGGAUGUGGCCAGCAGUGAGAGACCAAGUCCAUCCGGUUUGCCAACAGGUGAGAUGAUAGCUGCAGCCGCACAACUGCAUUUAGCACCCAUACGAGAAUCAUCGGAAUUCGGUUCACCAUCCGAUGAGCAAAAAUUUAAUAACAAUUUACUACCAUAUGUUUCCAACAACAACAACAACAAUAAUAAUAAUAACAAUAGCAAUAAUUUAAAUACUACACCAACGUCACAACAACAAAUGCAAACAAACAAACAAGCCGCCACUACCACCGGUUACAAUCGCAGUGCCAGCUCACACUCAUUGCAUAGUUUAAGUGGAAGUACAUUUAUGGAUCAUGAAUUACAAGGACCGCCCUCGGUACUUUCAUCUACUCUAAUAAAUACUAAUCUAAUGCCACCACCAUCUCCCGUACAAACACGCAGAGAUUCAAUACUUAAACAGCAGGGUAGUGUUAAAACCGAGAAACGAGUGUCUAUCAAACAGACAUCACCCAAUAAUAAUUCAAAAUUGUCGUCAUCCAAUAUAGAAUAUGUAUCGGAAAAAUCAAAUGAUGCUGCAGCAACCAGCUCAUUGGGCAAUGGUAAAAAAAGACAAGGAAAACCUCCAUCGGGUCCCCGACCCGCCUCUUUGGUCAUAACUAAAAAUGACGGAAAUUCACAAUUUAAAUUGGUGCGAUCGUCGUCCAUAGAUUAUGAUGACAUUGAAUCACAACAACAUACCGGCAACAUACAAAGACCAAUAAAUCGUACAACACUUUUGGAACAAUUACAGGAAGAUGAAUCAGCUCCUUUAGUAUUUACCGUACACAAGUGACAUUUCAUAUCAUAUCAUUGUGUUUUGUUUCUUAGUUGGUAGAUAUUUAUACAUAUAAUUUAAGACACUUUCUAUAUAGUUAUAAAAAUUCGGAUAAAUUCGGGGUUACACAUAUAUUGGAAAUUUAUUAUAAUACAAUAUAUAAAAUUUAAAUUUUGAAUUUUCGUAAUAUUAAUUAUAACCAGAGGGGUUAUUGCGUAAUUAUAUUCAAAAGACAAUACUUUUCGGGAUUUUUCCUACAGAUUCCAGAUAAAGUUUUAUUCAAAUCUAGUUACGCAAUAACUUUUGGUUUAUUUUUUUGAUUAUAAAGGGUCUUACAAUAGGGACUUCCGAAUUUUGGCAGUUGAUAGUGGCCAUAUUGUUGAAGCAACAUCUGUCAAAUUGCCUAAACAUCAUGGACGGAUAUAGCUUUCAGCAAUACGUGCAAAUGAUAUAAUUGUUUUAUCAAAAUGUGUGUUCUGUUCGGGCAUCGUUCCGCGUGCUUCGCCCAUUUUACAGUGAAGCUUGUUUCUGGAUGAUUGGCUACGUCAAGAAACAAAUUGGUCGAGUUUGGGACGACACCAAUCCACAUGAGAUCCAAGAGCGUCCAAUGCAUCCCUAAAUCACUGUUUGGUGCGGAUUUUGGGCUGGCCUCAUCAUCGGCCAAUAUGUCUUUGAGAUCGACAUUGACCAGAACAUCACCGUCAACGACGAGCGCUAUAGGUCGAUGAUUACCAACUUCUUUUGAACUGAAUUGGAUGAUAUGGACAUCAACGACAAGUUAUUUGACGGCGUAACGUGCCACACGGCUUAUGCCACAUUGGACAUUAUACACGAGCGAUUUAAGGGCAUGGUCACCUCACGUAGAGGUGAUGUGAACUGGCCAACGAGAUCGUGCGAUUUUAACCCCGUUAGACUUUUUCUUUUAGGGUUUUCUUAAUUCGCAGGUCUAUGCGAAUAAUCCAGUGGCUCUUAAAUUUAGCGCGAUUUAUCCUCCAGAGUCAUGGAAAAUUGAACAUUUCGGAUUCGCGCAACCCAGCGAAGCACUAUGUUAUAUUCCAUACGUGAUGGCGUCGAUAGGUCAUUUAAACGAAUAAAAAAUUCAGUGAUAUUCCACACACAGUUUGUUUUAUUUAAAGAUAGGAAGCGCUUAAUGAAAGACCCUUUAGAUGAUUAAAGAACACAGAUAAACCACAAGUUUUUGACCUUGGUUCUUCCGAUUUUGAACCGGUAAACACCUACCCUUUGGAUUCCUUUUUAUUCUUUUAAAUUUAAAACAAAAAACAUUCGCGAUUUUAUUCAUAAUGUAUAUCGCGAAUAAAAUCGAGAGUUUUUGGAAAUUAAAAUAAAUACAAAUAAAAAAGUCUAAAUGACUCUCAAGAGUAUGUGUUUACUGAAUACGAUCAAAAUCGUAAGACUCAAGGUUAAUUUAUUUGUAAUGUACGGUGAAGUAUAUGAUAUAGAAGGAUAGGAGAGAGAUCUAGUUGUCAUCUAUGGUUGUAUCUUUAUAAUUUAUUAUUAUAUGUAUUUUUCCAGUUCAUGCUCCAAUUUAUCCGCAUUUUGUGUGUACAAUUGUUUUUUUGUUUAAGAAACCAAUUACCUUAAUAGUAUAAAAAUAAUAUAUUUAAUAAUUAUGAAUUCUAAGACUUAAAUUUAAAUAAAAUUGAGCAGUAAAGAAAUGGCCUGUUAAGUAUCGAUUAAAUUGUUGAACAAAAUUGAUCUUAAAUUUAAACUAUUUGGUCUCAUAACAACAAAUUCUGCUCAAUUUAUUAUUUUAAUUAAACUUAAUUGUUUUCGGAAGUUUUUUUUUAGGACAACAAAAGUAUACAACAUAUUUACACACUUAUAUAGGUAUAUAUUAAAUAGAUUUAUUAGAGAAUUGAUACAAAUAUAUAUUUUCGAAUAUUUUUAUGUAUUUAUAUACUAAAAACACUGUUAAUUGGAUAUUUUGUUUCAACAUUAAAAAAAAAAUAAAACUUUAAUAAAACAACACAUAAAAUUCAA